AAGUUCAGUGAGUCUCGGAACUUUGUUGCGUUCAGUUGACUGCUGUGUUCGUGCCGCGGCUAAAAAAUAAAUAUUGUGUGUGAGUGUGCGAGAUCAACGAAAUUAUUUGUUUUAGCAAACGGCAAUUGGAGCUUAUUAGCAAGUUAUCUGUAGCCAAAAAUUAAUUGAAAAAUACUCUUAAGUGAUUUAUUGCACUGCUGCUUAUUGUUAUAAAUAAAUUCGCUGCAAUUUAUUGUUUGUGAUUUUUGACAUAAUUGUGUGCUUGUGAUUUAUAUUGCCGGGUCCAUUGUCUUGGCAGCAUACACAACUCGCUUGGACUUGAGGCCGCUGCCAUCUUACAGUUGACAGAAAUGACGCGACUGCUUUGGCUGCUGCUGCUGCUUGCCACAACGGCAACAGCGCUUAGGUUGAACAACACCAACUCGCAUCAUCUACAUCGUCAGCAGCGUCAGCGUCAUCAUGCGCCAGCUCAUCAUCGGCAUAGUGUUAAAUCAGAUGCGGAACUGCUGCCGGGUGCAACGCUGGCGCCUUCGACGCGACUGCGACGCGUGCAGCCGCCACAUAAUCCUUACAACAACAAGCAGCUUAACCGACGUCAUCACUCGAGCAGCGCCCGAGCAGGCGAAUGGGACUACAAUACGUAUAACAUUUAUACGAAUACCUUUGGUCCGCCACCGCCGCCUGUUUCACCCUAUGCGGGCAAGGGUCAGGAUAAUACACAGGAUGUGGAGUUUAUAGGCGUUAGCGGGCGUGGGCGUGGCUAUGACUAUGUGCCCGCCAUAACUACAGCAGCGCCGCCCACAAAUCUCAAUCGUCGCUCGCUAGGCGGCGGCACUGUGCCCCCCCUCGUGCCCGCUAGACGUGGCUAUAGCUACACCACCAGCGCACCGCCCAGCAUUACCACUGAGGAUAGCUUGGAUAGCAAUACAAUCAGUCGCCAUUAUCCCACAGAUGCCAAAGAGAUGGAAAGACGACACAUUUGCGUGCAGCAGCGCACUAUCACGAUGCCAGUGAAGACAACGGAGGUGUACACGCGACCCACCUGGAAACAUGUAAGCACGCCUUGUCAGCCGCCCACGUUUGCGGGCCAAAUGUGUACCAAGGUGCAGGUGGUGCAUGAGCAGGCCUUUAGGGAUGUCAUCAAGCACAAGCCGGCGCAGCAAAUGACUUACGAUUGCUGCAGCGGCUGGAGCCGUGAAACUCCACGCUCCGAUGCGUGCAUGAAACCUAGUUGCACCACGCGCUGUCAGAAUGGCGGCAAUUGCACGGCGCCGCAGACUUGCAGCUGUCCGGCGGGCUAUACAGGUCGCUACUGCGAACAGGAUGUGAACGAGUGUCAUACGGAGAAGCCCUGCGAUCAGCAGUGUGUCAAUACACAGGGAUCGUAUUACUGCCGCUGUCGUCAAGGCUUUGUGCUGCAGGCGGAUCAGCAGAGCUGCCGCAAGCUUUCCUCACACGCAGAUGAUGCCUUUGAGGCGCGGGAUUUGGAGAAUGAUAUAGAUGAUACAGAUGCGGAGGUGGCUACGCGACUGCAAAAGAUCGAGCGCUCGCUGGCCAAUGAGCGUGUGCAUACAAAUGAGCUGCAAAAGUCGCUGCAAGCCACCUACAGCGUAGUGGACACGCUUAAGAGCAGGCUCAGCACGCUGGAGAAGCAAUCACAGGAUGUUAAUCGCAUGCAAACGAAUCUCUACAAGACAGAGUCGCGCACCAACAAGCUGGAGGGGAUGCUCAACAUGUUGCUCAAGUGUCGAAACGGCCCCAACGCCAAUUGUCCCUAAGAUUUACAGUGGGCUGCAACCGUGCCAACACAGAACUGCAUUUUUUUAACACUAGAAAUUUAUACAAGUUUUAGUUUAAUUUUAAAGAUUUAUGUUUCUUUUCGUGCCGUGCCGCUCUCCUGCUUGUAAGCCAUUCCCAAAUGCAAGUGCCUCUGUAGUUCAUAGAAACAAAAACAAAAACAAGUUUUAUAUACCAUAGUACUUAAGCGAACGUGUCAUAAAUGUAUGUAUUAAAAAAACAAACGAAUGCCUUAGCUGUAAGCCUAAACAUUGCUAUUUACGUGUAUGUGUCUAGUAUUUGCAUGUAUUUGUAUAUAAUAUAUAUGAAAAAGUAGCGUCACAAUAAAUACAUUUUCGUAUUCA